AUGGCCACCAACACAACAUCCACAAGAACUGCUCACAACAUCCCCCUUAGCCUGCCAGACGGCCUCUCAGAAGACCAGCUCUCGUCGUUUAAGCCUUUCACCAGCUGGAUCGACACACUCACCAAGUCUCUCUCACUGCAAGCAAGCAAGUCUCACCCGUUCCACUCAGAUCCAUACGCCCUGCGCAAUGUCACUAUUCAAUCCUACGAUUUCUUUGGAGCAGGCCGCCUCGGCUUCGUCAAGCUGACGGCAACCGUUUCCAACUCUGCUGGAGAGUCUCUCCCCGCAGCAGCCCUCUUGCGCGGCCCCAGCGUCGCCAUGCUCGUCAUGCUUGUGCCGGACGACGUUCCCCAAGGAUCUGACGAGCGCUACGUCGUCUUGACGGUCCAGCCGCGCAUCCCUGCCGGUAGCUUGAGCUUCGUGGAGCUCCCGGCAGGGAUGGUGGACGGCUCAGGCAACUUUAAAGGAGUGGCGGCCAAGGAGAUUGAGGAGGAGCUGGGCAUUACGAUUCACGAAGACGAGUUGACGUGCCUCAGCGAACUGGCAGAGGAAUGCAUAGAGAAAGGAGAAUCUACAGACCAAGGGGAAGAUCUGACGGCAGCCAUGUUCCCGAGCGCGGGCGGGUGUGACGAACAUAUUACCAUCUACAGCUACGAGCAGCGCAUCCCGAGGAGCCAGCUGAGCGAGUGGGAGGGCCGCCUCACAGGUGAGCGCUCCGACGGAGAGAGGAUUACGCUCAAAGUGGUUCCCAUGCAGCAUCUGUGGAAAGAAGGGGCUCGGGAUGCCAAGUGCCUGGCCGCGUUGGCGCUGUGGCAAGGUCUACGCCAGGAGAAGAAACUGUAG